CCGCAGACAAAUACACAACCAAACAAACAUGUUCAAAUACGUUGUAUUCGCCGCCCUUUUGGCCGUAAGCUUUGCCGCCCCUGAACCAAAACCAGGUGUAUUGGCCGCCGCCCCAGUCGUAGCCUCCCCAUUGGCAUACACUUCGCCAUUGGCUUACUCGGCCGCUUACACCGCCCCUGUUGUGAAGGCCGCCUACGCUUCUCCAUACGCUUACGCCGGAGGAUAUGCCGCCCCACUUGCUUACUCCGCUCAUCCAGUGGCCUACUCUGCUCAUCCAGCCGCCUACGCCGCUCAUCCAGCCGCCUACUCUGCUUACCCAGCUUACACCGCCCCAAUCGUCAAAUACUACUAGAUACAUUUAGUAUAUUUAGACAACGAAAGAAAACAAUGUUCUGGCCCAUAAUUUUUGACGAA